AUGAGUGAAGGUGGAAAAGGUUUCAGUUUUCGUCGAAAAUUCUUAUUCAAAAUCCAAGAGAAAGUUGGCAACAUCGAAGAAACUCAAAUGACGCGAGAAUUCAAUGCUGACAUGCAAAAAUACGACUCUUAUCACAAUUCUGUCUUAAAACUCGUUGAUCUCUUGGAAGCAGUCAAUCAACCCGACCCUAAUAUACUAGCAACUGGCCGCGUUGAGUGCCCACCCAACGAGGAUCCAUUUGAUAAAAUGAAAAAAGCUCUCGAAGCUUUCCAAGAGUUUCUCUCACAAGACAAAGUAGGACCUAUAGCAAAAAUCUGCAAUAUCCUGGAAAAUGCGGCAAAAUGCAAACGCGACUAUCAGAUUAAAAAACGUGCAUGCAUUCGUCACCUACGCCGUUUCGACUCACUCGAAUAUAAAGCGCUUGUUGAGAGUCGCCAGAAUUUUAAUCAAGCAAAAUCUGCAAUGGAUCUGGCGAAACAUGACGUAAAACAAGCAAAAACCACGGAACAAAUUGAAAGGAGAGCUGUACUGUACCAACAACAAGUUGAAGUAUUUGAUGAACAGUGCAAUAAGGUCAUAAAAUUGUUAGAAGAGCUACCAGGGAUUAAAACAACACAUUCCAAGGACUUAAUGGAACUGACACGUUGCACUCGUGAAUAUCAUCUUGCCAUGCUUGCUCUAUUCAAAUGA